AUGACGUACUAUGACCUCCUGCUUCUCUUUUUGUUCACAGGAUCUGUUUUUACCCUAAAAGUCCAAGUAAAUGACAUCAUCAGUCACCAGUACCUGCGACAAGCGGUGGUGGAAGUGUUUGUGAACUACACGAAGACAAACUCUACUCUCACUGGGAACAAUGGAGCAGUGUUAAUAAAAGUGCCCUACAAACUGGGAUUAAGCCUGACCAUUGUCUCCUACAAGGAUGGCUACAUGCUGACACCUCUGCCUUGGAAGACUGCGAGGAUGCCAAUAUACUCGUCCGUGACACUUUCAUUAUUCCCACAAAAUCAAGCUAAUAUAUGGCUGUUUGAAGAUACUGUCUUAAUUACUGGAAAACUGUCUGAUGCCAAAUCUCAGCCAAGUGUUCAAUUUCCAAAAUUUUUAAUAAAGCUUCCAACAAAUCACCAUAUUACAAAUGUUACAGCCUAUCUGACAGUGCCAGAGCAAUUUUUGAAAGUGGACAGCUUUCUCUAUACAACAGGAAUUCUUCUAAAUAAAUCAGGUUUUAAAAGCAUGGAAUUAACUCCUCUUGCUGCCAUAUGUGUCAAUGUUCUUUUGACUGGGAAAGAACUGAAAGUAAACGGUCCCAUUCAGAUUACACUUCCUCUCCCCACAACUACUGUAAAACCAGGAGAUGCUGUACAUGCAUGGACAUUUGAUAUGAAAACUGGCGCUUGGGUGAACCGCGGGCUGGGAAUGGUGAAGGAAGCAGAUGGUCAGUUGGUGUGGACAUACACUGCUCAGCACCUGGGCUACUGGAUAGCAGCUCCACUGCCUGGAACCAGAGAAUCCAUUAUUAGUGCAGUUUCCAAGGACAUAACAGCCUAUCACACAGUGUUCCUUACGGCCAUACUGGGAGGUACUGUUGUCAUCAUCAUUGGAUUUUUUGCUGUUCUUCUUUGUUACUGCAGGGAUAAAUGUCAUCGGACACAAAAGAAGGAAAAAAAUACGACUAAGCUGGAGGUCAUCAAAAGAGACCAGACAACAUCAACAACUCACAUAAAUCACAUCAACGCUGUCAAAGGCUCUUUAAAGUUGGAGGAUAACUCACAGCUGUACACACCGAAGAUUUCCUCGUACAGCCCUCCAAGGAGGAUGUCCAUAGACACAGAAGAUGGAAAAUCACGGGACAACUUUAAAAUCUACACCGAGGAUGCUUCUUACCAGUCACCCUGUCAGACUGGCCAGUCCAGAAGUUCAGCCCAUUCACUGGAGCCUAGUGCUGGAGUGAGGCAUUUACAGCAGCCGAAGCUCAGUAACAGUACUAUUUCCCAGGCUCCCAGGGACAUUCCAGACCCAAACAGGUACCUUUCAGUGAAAGAGGAGAUGUAUGGGCUUUCCCAUAUCCCUGAACAUCUCAUGCAUCUUUACAAUCAACCUAUUGCUAUUCUUCAGCCCUCUGACCUUUUCCACUCCCCGGAACAACUGCAUCCUGCUAAAUCAGCCACUUUGCCAAGGAAAGGGCAACUGGUGUAUGGCCCCAUGAUGGAGCCCAUGGACCGGGACAGUUACAUGCAGACCCUGCCGAAAAUGCCAGGGCACUCCCACCCCCAGCCUGCUGCCUGCAGGGAUGAGAGCAGUGCUCUGGACGGGGAGGAGGGCCUGCCUUCCCAAACCUCCAACUGGAGCCGCUAUACCAACAGCUUGCUGGAGUCUGUCUCUGUUCCCGGGACAUUGAAUGAAGCUGUUGUAAUGACUCCGUUUUCAUCUGAACUCCAAGGCAUUUCAGAACAAACGUUGCUGGAACUCUCCAAAGGAAAACCAUCUCCUCACCCUCGAGCGUGGUUUGUGUCCUUGGACGGAAAGCCAAUAGCUCAAGUGAGGCAUUCUUUCAUAGAUCUGAAAAAAGGCAGAAAAACAGAGAGUAAUGAUACCAGUCUGGACUCUGGUGUGGACAUGAAUGAGCAUCAUCCUAGCAGGAAACUGGAGAGAGAGAAAACUUUCAUUAAAAGUAUGCCACAUUCCAAGAUCCUUUACUUGGAAGAUCUGGAUCUGAGUAGCAGUGAAAGCGGGACCACUGUUUGCACUCCAGAGGACCAGGCUGUGAGGCACAUUAUGGAAGGAGGGAAUGGGCCAAUCUUGGAACAGCAUGAUGAGGAAGGUCUAAGAAAAAAAUCUGUGUCAGGAAGUCAUGAAUCUGGUAUCCUUUCUGCUAAAAAAAGGGAUAGACCACCUCUCACAAAAAGAGAUAGCAAAACCAAUAUCUGGAAGAAAAGAGAGGAGAGGCCGCUUAUUCCUAUAAAUUAAAACACAAUGUGCUUUGUGGUGUUGCUCUCCCUGCUAGUUGUUGACCUCUUGGCUGCUUCUGUAAUUCUGCAGUGUUGGGUUUACAAGGAAAAUGUUGUUUUCUAGUAUCAAGAAAAGUUUCAUUUUUGUAAUGUACAGAUUGAGUUACUAAACUUCAAGUGGGCGAUUUGAUAUUCAACGUGAAUUGAAAACAAGGAAAUGCUACCACUAAAAUUUUGCAUUUCCUAAUUUUACUGGCAGUGUGGAGAAGGCCCAUGUUUUAAUCAGCCUGUCAUUCUUGGAUACACCCCUGGGAAUGCACAGCGAGAAAUGUAGGCACAUGCUUUAAUUUUUUUGUACUUGUUGCUAAUGCAUUGGUAGCCUAGUUAAAGCCAUUCCUCAGCCUUGUUCCUAAUCCACGUGACCCAUCUGUACAGUAUUUUAUAUGUGAACUUUUCUAGGGAUCUGUUACUACUUCUUUGUAUGACGUAAAACCUUCCAUCAGUCGGUCCCGCGACACCAGCAGAGGAGCUCUGCUGGAUUUCCCAGCGGAGCUCUGUGGCAUUCCUGCCCUCCCUGUGUGCCCAUCCAUGUGCAAAUUCCACCCAGCAGUGGCAGAAGGGGGCAGUGCACAAGCUCUGUGGCCGCUGCAGUUCACAGGCCCCGCUGUCCGAGAUGUUGCCCAUCUGCUUUGUUAUGAACCGUGGAGGUCGAAGACUGAAACCUGCUGGGAGGUGUCCACGUCCAGCAGGAAAGGACUGGUUCUGGUAGCAUUUGGAGCUGCAGCUGCUGCUGAUUCCAGUGUCUUGUUUGGGCUUCUUUGCCAGUUCAAAUCUGCAUGCUGUUGGGCCAGCUGUGCCCCACAAUCUUGAAUCCCUGCUUAUUUAUAAGAGAGAGGUUGGUCCAUGAUGGAAAAGUGUGCAAGUUUAGACAAACCAUGCCUUUGAAAUAGUUUCUUUGUCAGGAAAGUUUGGCAGCAUUGCUUUUUAUUUUAUGUUCAGAACCAUGGAAGAUCACUGGAGGUUUAUGUGCCUACAUUUUGCCAGCCUGAGCUGCUUUUGUCUAGGUUUGCAGAGGAGUUAAACAGGCUUUAAAAGUUGGGGGGGGAGGGUUAUGAGCAUGAGAGCAGAUGGCAAAAUUUGGUCUAUAAUGCAAUAUAAAUACUAUUUAUGACUCAGAGUUAAAUUUACCAAAAGUCAUGAAUGCAUGAAUUGUAACUAAGAUAUGUAUAGAGGAAGGAAAGGCCAUCAGAAUAUUCUUUAUUUUUAAUGUUCAUCUUGUCAAAGUGAUCAUUUCAACUUUGGCUAACAGAAAAGUAGAUGUAUCUUUUAAUGUGCUUCAUGUAGUAUACGGAAUGUAUUUCUGUGGCUUUGAAGCUGUUUCCCUGAUGAAAUAAGUUCCAGCAUUUUGGCUUUGGCAGUUUGAUUAUAAAUCAUCCUAAAGAAAGCUUUAUGAAUAUUUCCCUUAUAGCUUGGUUAAAGUUCUGUACCAAGACCCGAAAAUACAAUGCCUUUAUGUGAAUUCUGGGGUGACGUGCUUGGUUGUUUGCCCUGUAGUACACUCAAGAGUUAGGGAGUAUCCUAUGCAGCUGGGCUUCUGGGAAUAUUUACUCAGGAAAUGUUAAUGUGGAAUAUGUCUGUUAUGUUGGGAUUGUCAAGUGGUCUGCCUUUGUUUCUAGAAGAAUAUGGAAGGUAACUAGGAUGGUACUAGCAGUGCAUCAAUCCAGUUUCUGGUGUAUAGUUGCUCCAUGAAAGAAAUGUUCCUGUUGAGUUCCAAGUAUGAAAAUGUGAAAUAAGUUUGAGUUAGGUGUGCAAACAGUGUGUAAAUAAAUUGGCCUAAAGAAUCUGAUUUAAUUAUACAAUUCAUCUACUUCAGAGGUGAAGAUGGCUUGUCAUAUUACCAUGCUUUUGGUUCUCUUUUUAGGUAACUGGAAUUCAAUUGUCCUAUGCCAAAUGCAUUUUCACAAUGCUUUUAUUUUUUUUAUAUGCAGUUUCAUUGGAUUUUGUGUAUGAGUCUCUAGCCCCAGAUAUUGAUAUUUUCAUCCCUUGCUUUGUAAUACACAUUAGUAGGAAUCAAUUUAUAUAUGCAUAUUUCUUCUGAAAGCUGCUGUGACUUUUGAGGUUCAAUAUUGCCCUGUUCGCAUUGGUUCUGGUGGCUCCCUUUUCAAAAAGAGGCUGUUAUAUAUUCUGUUGAACAUAACAGAAAAUCCUUGACAAGCUAAUAGUUUUGAGGAGUUAAUAUUAAAUUCAUAUGUCUUUACUUGAAAUUUCAGAUUUUUUUAAUGCAUUUUUUCAUUGUAUAUACGAAAAAGACCAAAUUUCUCAAACUCCCUUGUAUCAUUAAAAAAUAUGGACUACUGUAAAUGGCUUUAGUUGCGAGUUCAAAGGAAGGAAGUUUGGCACUCCAUUGUUCUUGUUCUGCACCAGGAUAUCUGGUCAUCAAAGAAAAAAGAUUGGAAAUCCAACUCUAAAAUUCUUACAAUUAUGAUUUAUAUUCAGAAUUUACAGAAUGUAUUAUUUGAGUCUUCACGUUCCAGCUGCAUGUUGGAAUUUAUGCACUGGAAGAACCUGCAACUAGAAUUCUUUUUGGUUUUAGAUCAUUAAAAAAAGGAGUUUGACUACACUGGGCUCUAAAAUUUUUAAUUCCACGGAUAACCAGACAGUAUGUGUAAUGUGGAAAAGACAGAAUAUCACAAUGAAAUUUGUAUUCGUGGUCAAACUAAUGCUUUUCUGUAUAUCUGUAUAUGAUUUCAACAUACAAAUUUAUAGGAAUCACUGAAAUUAUUUUUUGAAGGACACAAAUGUUUGCAAGAAUUACGUCUCAGUUCUUCCCAAGGCGCUUCUGGAGCUGUCAGCUCUUGCACAAGGAGAGCCAUAUUCAGGUAAAAUACAGUUUUAAGUGCAAGGUGUCAGGUAAACACAGAACACUGAGGACCAAAUUCGGUCAUAUAUUUAAGGUGAAAAGCAGUUAAUAAACUUCAGGAAAGUCUCCCCACCGUGGUUAUGAUGCAUGAUGUUGAGGGGGUUCUUGCAGAAGGAUAUAUGGCUUCCAGAUCUUAGCUGUUUUUACUAAGGUGAUUAGUGGAGUUAUAGCCAAGACUUGUUUUUGUUAAUUAACUCAUGUGGCUUAGGCCAGUACUUUGAUGUAAGUUAAAUCAGGCUGAAUAGUGUGCAGCUGUAUGCACAGUAAUCUGGAUAUGGGACUUAGAAUAAGCUGACUGACAGUAUUUUUCAGAUUGUUACCAAAUGCUAGAUAUUAGAGAAUUAAAAAAAAAAAAAAGGUGGGGGAAUCACUUAAAGAUUCCAUUUGAUUAACAGGAAAAAUCCUUAUAGUACUGAAAAUAGAAAAGUCUGGUAUGUUACCAACCUGCCAGCAAAAAUGAUGUGAUGCUGAGGGACAUUAUUAACCAGCACAGAGCUAGAGGUGGCACACCAAAAAUAGUUCAGGAUGGAGGAGUGUUUAGUUGUCUGCUUUGUUUUAUGCAGUAAUUUGUACCAAAGAGGAUGAAAUGAAGGGGCACCAGUCUAAACUCUUUUGGUUAGUUCAAAAGUGGCACAGGUUCCCAACACUGCUGCUCUAACACUGUGCAGAUGAAAAGGCAGUACACUACAUCCAGUACUGCAUAUUAAAUAAAAUCUGAAGAUUAAUUAGCCUGCUGAAGUGCCUUUCUCUUUCAUCAGACUUAUUUUAUCAGUGGGACACUUGACUAUCUGAAAAGCACAUUAUGCUUUUUUUUUUCUGUUAGCCAAAAAAGCCUCGAUUCAUACAAUUCAUACAAUUAUGUAGCUUUUAUAAUAUUUUAAAAGGCAGAUCUAGUGGGUUUUUUAUGUUGGAAUACUGACUCCUGCAUGUUGAUGAUGAUGGUAAUUGUUGUAAGCCCUAGUUUUUGUAUCUUCUGUUUGAAAAGAAAUUAAAAAUAUAUAUAUCUUUAGCAAUCAGAACAGUAGUAUCUUUUAAAAAAUGCACAGACGGGAUUUGAUUUGACUUCAUACGUCAAGAGUGAGUGUUUUGAAGGCACUGGACUUACAGGUAUCAAACUGACUGGGAUUUUAACUUCAAAAGUGAAAUUAAUAUAUGUUUAUAUAUAAAAACUAAUAUAAAAAUCCUUUUUUUCAGCUGCUAACCUUCCUUGCCAGUAGCAGCAGAGAGUUUAUGGAGAUGGGUAUUUAAGUCUUAUUUUCUAGAACCAAUUUUUAUCUCGAUUUGGGGCCUAACCUGCAUUGUUUAUAUAACUUAAGCUUCUGGGUUUUAAGUAUUUUUUUUAAUACAGUAGAAUUAUACAAAACACAGUACUAUGCCUACAGAGUUAAAAUGAGCAUUCUUUUCUAGUAGUUGGCACUAAUUUGUGCCACAGUUCUAACAGUAGGCAGCUACAUUUGUGUUAAAGAACUUAUAUGAAGGGGGGUUAAUGAUUUGAAUCUGAGCUUCAUUUUCUUUUAAAAGCAGCAAAACAAAACAAAAAACCUUCAGAUUUUUUUUUUUUAAGACUGGCAGGGGAAAACUGUGUCAUUAUUUUUCUCGUUAGCACUCUAAGCUUGAAAACUGUUUUACCAAAUGAGUUUUUUUUCAGUCGGUUUAAGACUUCCUGAACAUUCCUAUAUUCCUUCUCCCCGAAAUGUCCCGGUACUUUAUUCCUCAGCUGACUGAUUUAGUUCCUUUGAAGCACUUGUUGCACUUCAGCCCUUGUUAGAACAGUACUAUUUUUCCAUGUUAUUGUGUAGAAAGGCAGUUUUUAGUGCUCCUUAGAGCAUGGAGUUCAUACAAAGCCUGGCUCUGGAUGGUGCAAGGCAGGGGAACUGAUGGCGCUGACUGUGCUGCCCACCUUGCAUUUUGGAGCCUUACAUUCAACAAACACUUCAUUUUCAAAAAAACCCCUGGUAUGGAUAUUGUUCAUGUAAAGCAUUCUUGAUAUUCGGCAUCCUGGUUUUAAGUAUUUCUACCUUUUUAUAUUUUGUCAGAGAUGUCUUUUCAUCUCUGUAUUUAAUUCAGUAUCAGUGUAUCUGUUGCUGAAAAUGUAACUAAGAUUUGUAAAAUGUUCUUACCUUAUGCAAUAUAAUAAAAAUUUUGAAAAGUUC